AUGGUGGCUGCUAACAUAAAGUAUGUCACGGGUAAUUGUCUUUCUUCCGCAAUCGACUACCCCAGAAUUCUUAUUCAUUCGUGCAACUGCGAUGGCUCAUGGGGAGGAGGUAUUGCGUACCAACUGGCCAAGAAAUAUCCACAGGCAGAGGAGGUGUAUGUCGAUGCAUGCAGAAAACUUAGUUCAGAAUUAUUAGGUAGAUUUAUGUUAAUCCCAACCACUGAUUCCCAGUUGCUGAUCGGGUGUUUGUUCACUGCAUCUUUUGGUGGCAGACAGCCCAGUGGAAAUAACAUCCUGCAAAACACAAAACUGGCCCUAAUGGAUAUGCAGAGGAAGGUGAAGGAAGACUAUAAACCUGUUGAUGAAAUUGACCGUUACAUUGAUGCAUGCUGGGUAAAAGCUAAAUCCGGGUCGGUAAUCGAAAGUUAUAAUCUUGAAAUGCCAAAGAUAAAUAGCGGCAUUUUUGGCGUACCUUGGGAUAAGACAGAAGCCGUUCUCGCUCAAUUCUUUGAUUUGAAUUUCAAAGUUUAUAUGCUGUGA